CUCGUGCUCAUUAUUUGCUUAAUAAGGCCAGUGGCUUUGGAUUUGGAGAUCUUGAGACCUGCCAGCUGCCCCUGAACUGAGUAAAAGUUUUCUCCUUCCUGCCACUGAAGUGGGCGUUCUUUCUCUGGCAGUACACCAGCUCCCAGUUUCGAAGAACUACGUGGGAAAUACUCACCCCAAACCAUGCUGAGACAGCGAAAGAAUCUGCCGUGCAUUGCCCCGCUGCUGACCACUGUGGAGGAGACUCUGAACACCGUGUCUGCUCAAGUCCGAGGACACAUUCCCGAAUGGCUCCAUGGCUAUCUACUUCGAGUUGGACCCGGGAAGUUCGACUUUGGAAAGGAUAAAUACAAUCACUGGUUUGAUGGAAUGGCUUUGCUUCACCAGUUCAGAAUGGAGAAGGGCACAGUGACAUACAGGAGCAGGUUUCUACAGAGUGAUACAUACAAGGCCAACAGUGCUGGGGACAGGAUUGUGAUCUCAGAAUUUGGCACUCUGGCUCUUCCUGACCCAUGCAAGAAUAUCUUUGAACGUUUCCUGUCAAGGUUUGAGGCACCUGUCAUGACUGACAACACCAAUGUCAACUUCGUACAGUACAAGGGUGAUUACUACAUGAGCACUGAGACUAACUUUAUGAAUAAAGUGGACAUUGAAACUCUGGAAAGGAGGGAAAAGGUGGACUGGAGCAAAUUCAUUGCUGUGAAUGGAGCCACUGCACACCCUCAUUAUGACCCAGAUGGAACAGCAUACAAUAUGGGAAACACCUAUGGGCCAAGAGGUUCUUGCUAUAAUAUUAUUCGGGUUCCUCCAGAGAAGACAGGGCCUGGGGAGACGAUUCAUGGAGCACAAGUGCUGUGUUCUAUCACUUCUGCUGAGACCAUGAAGCCUUCUUACUACCAUAGCUUCGGAAUGACAAAAAACUACAUAAUCUUCAUCGAACAGCCUCUAAAGAUGAAACUGUGGAAAAUGAUCACUUCUAAAAUCCGGGGGAAGGCCUUUGCUGAUGGGAUAAGCUGGGAGCCCCAGUAUAACACACGAUUUCAUGUGGUGGAUAAACACAAUGGACAGACUCUCCCAGGAGUAUAUUACAGCAACCCUUUUGUUACCUUUCAUCAAAUCAAUGCCUUUGAGGACCAGGGUUGUAUUGUGAUGGAUCUGUGCUGUCAGGAUGAUGGGAGAAGCCUGGAAGUUUACCAGCUACAGAACCUCAGGAAAGCCGGGGAAGGGCUUGACCAGGUCUAUAAUUCAGUGGCAAAAUCUUUCCCUCGAAGAUUUGUUUUGCCCUUAGAUGUCAGUGUGGAUGCCCCCGAGGGAAAGAACCUUAGUCCACUGUCCUAUUCUUCAGCCAGUGUUGUGAAACAGGGUGAUGGAAAGAUCUGGUGCUCUCCUGAAAAUCUACACCGUGAGGACUUGGUAGAGGAAGGAGGGAUUGAAUUUCCUCAGAUCAACUAUGGCCAGUUCAACGGCAGAAAGUAUAAUUUCUUCUACGGCUGCGGUUUUCGGCAUUUGGUGGGGGAUUCUCUGAUUAAGGUUGACGUGGUGAACAAGACACUGACGGUUUGGAGAGAGGAUGGCUUUUACCCCUCAGAGCCCGUUUUUGUCCCUGCACCAGGAGCCAGUGAGGAGGAUGGAGGGGUUAUUCUUUCUGUUGUGAUCACUCCCGACCAGCAAGGUCCAAGCCAGUGGAGAUGGUUUCCAAAGGAAGAGGGAACUUUCAGUCCUGCACUUCCUUUUUCUAGAGUGAAAGUAACUUUCUCCUUGUCUUGGAUGCGAAGAACUUGGCAGAGCUGGGACGAGCCGAGGUACCUGUGCAGAUGCCUUAUGGGUUCCACGGCACGUUCGUACCCAUCUGAUGGCACAAGCAGGUCUGAGAAUCAGGUUCCAAUGAGUGCACUCUGUACAGAAGAGAAAACAGCGGGUCUCACCCCAAAUGGCUGUAGUUUGGACUGAUCCUGACCCCCAUGAGCUCGUAUUUUGAAUAGUUUGUUCCCAGCUUGUGGCACUAUUUUGGGAGGCUGUGGAAAUGUUUGGGGAUGAGGGACCAGCCUUGGAAGUCCCUGGCCCUCUCUCUGAUUCCUGUCCACGACAAUGUGAACAGCCUUCACUCUGUGCUCCCCACCUUGCCACAUAUGGGGUGCUCCAUCAUGCCCCCCCCCCACUGUGGUGGACUCUGACCCUGAAACUGUGAGCCAGACACCAUGAGCCGAAGGAAAUCUUUCCACCUUUGGGUGUUCCGUCAGUUUGGUUUGGUUUUGCAGCAGCGGUAAAGUAACUAAUCCCCAAACUAGAUAUAUUGUUUUACAUUUCUAUUAAAAACAUAAUU